GUUAUUAUUUAGGUAUAAAUUACUGUCAAACAACGUUUGUUGUUCCUUUUCUCUACAGUAUAAGCACAAUGUUCAGCGCUUUGGGGGUUUAAACGGUCUCAGUGCUUGGCUACAAGGUCAAGGACCAUAAUGGCGUUUCCUGCUUUUAACGGAUACAUCCAAGAAAAAGGACUUAGCACCUGAAGUCUUGUGCUGUCUUAAUACAGCAUGGGGUUAGAUGUAAGACUUGAAGUCAGCAUGUCUUUGAAAUGUGGGCAUCUCUUCACACUCCUCUUCUUCAUUGUGUCCGUCACAGGAAUUCAAGACCAAAGCAGACUAAAUCCAUCAGAGACCCUUCACACGAUCAGCUUAACAAACCUGCCAAACCCACCAAAGCAGAAUUCAGGGAUCAGGACUAUAUUUGAAAUGGAAAAGCGUCGCAUCAAGAGGUCAGAGUUCUUCCACUCAGAGGUGAAAGUAUGUCCACAGGAGACAAUGAGGGAAGUCAUAGCAAGUCACCAAACAUACUACACACUGAGAGUUUGCCAGGAGGCUGUAUGGGAGGCUUUCCGGAUCUUUCUGGACAGAAUUCCCAGCAGCUCAGAGUACCAGAAAUGGGUCCACAAAUGCCAGCAUGAAUCUAUGUGCAUCUCAGAUCUCGCCAUGAAUUUCAGCAAUUCACAGGAACACAUAGACAUGCUCUACAGGAGGGUGAAUAUGAAUAGUGAAAAAUUAGAACGAAAUAGAACUGAAGAGCCAACAACUGAUGGAGCACUAAGAAUGGAAGGGUCAGAGGAAGUCCUGACUGAAGCAGCAGAAGCAGAAUUUGUUCCCCCAGAUCUAUCUAGUACUGUCAGUACUACGACAGACACCUUUACUGCCUCACAGGAGUUGGAUCUUCACAAUGUAGUUCCUGAGCAGCCAGUACAUCAGGUCAUAGAGUUCAGCGUUAUACUGAUGGACUAUGGGUAUCAGGAGAUACUGAGAGACACCGAUUCACCUCAGUAUCAUGACCUGUCGAGGCAUCUUCAGGAUCAGAUGCAACAUGCUUUUAAUGACCUACCUGGAUUUAUGGAUGUCCAAGUGUUAAGUAUCAGACCUGGAGGACUAUCUGCAAUUUACUCAGCUGUAUUUGAGACUACCACACCUAACAUUGCUGAUGGAAAUCUGGACAUUGGCACAGCUGUUUCAUCUACAGGACCAAGUCUGAAGGAUAUGAUAGUUAAAGCACUGAGCAAAAAGGCAUCUCUUCUUGAUCUUAAUUCACUGACCUUUGAGACAGGCCAGUCUUCAACGAGAAUGCCUGAAGUUUCUGAAGACAUUAUAACUGAGUCCUUUGAUCAAGAUUCAUAUGGAGACCUCAGUUUUCCAACAAAUGGACCAAAGAUUGAAGUUCAUAUUUCAUCAGAUGAUGAUGAGACCAUUGUAGACCCAACUUUGGACACAGACAGCACCACGACAACAACAAAAUCAGAAACAGAAACAGUUGAGCCUGAAAGUGAUGCAGUCAUUAUACACCAGGUUAAAACUAUUCAAGGGGAAACUGGUGAACUCAUAACAGAAAUUUUUCAAGUUCCACCAGUAGAGGAAGCUCCUAGUGAGGAUGACAGCAAACCAGUUGUUAUUGCUGAAAAAGACAACAAUUUGGCUCCAACAUCUUCAGCUGCUGCCUCAGCAAUACCCCCAAGAGAAGAACAGCCUAGGACUACAGAGAAACCUACACUUGAUAGUGACUUUAGUCUAAACACAAUACCAGAAGAUGACAUAAUUUUUCACCCGGUAACCACCGCCAACAUUUUGUUCACCACUGCAACAACCGUUAGUCCUAGGUCUGAACAACCAAAGUUGGCCGUCACAACCGACUUUAGCAUCACCUUGCAACCUUCAACUGAACCAAUUGAUCCAAUAACUGAAGUGACAGAUUCUAAUGAAAUUCCAGAGGUGCCUCAACCAGUGGACACUGGAGCGAUAGUAAAGGAAGAAGAGACCAAAGUGGUGAUGCCUGAACCAGAUGUAGAGACCAAGUCUGAGGUUGAUCUACCCAAGGUAAAGGUUGUGACAACAGAAACUGUAGAAGUAUCUGGACCUGAAAAAGAUACCAAUGUAACUGGGGAUACUGUAUUUUUAGAAGAUCAGGUAUUGCGACCUGAAGAAGUGACUGUAAUAACAGAAACGUAUGCCGAGUAUGGCACAUUAGAGCCUGUGGGAACAGUUGUGCUACCAGAACCAGAGGAUGAGAUUGGAAAAUCAACUAAUCAGGAUGAAGUAGCAGAACCUGAGGAAAAAGUUUUAGAGCCAGAACCAGAGGUCAUUAGAGAAUCAAAAGAAGAUGUUGAGAAACAUAAAACUGAUGAGGAGAUUAAAGUGAAACAAGAGGAUGACGUUCAGGCAACCAGAAGGCCAGAAACUGAGACAGGACAACCUAAGGAGGAAUUUCAUUUAACAGAAAAGGGUGAGGUGGUGAAGCCUGAAAGAGAACCUGCUGAAGUUGUAGAAUAUGAAGGCAGCAUCAAAACUGAACAACCUGCUGUGGAGAUCGUGAGUGAGGUCCCCAAAACCACUGAAGGUUCAACCAAACCUCCUGCAGAGAUGAUUAAGAUUAAACCACCAGAGAUUUCUGUCACAGAAACUUACCUUGUUGAUAAUAUUGACUAUUACCAACCCAAAGAAGCUGCUAAUUUGCCUUUUGUGCCAGUUGACAGUGUUCAACCAGGCACAGACAUUGGUAAACCUGAACAUGUGGACUUUGGGGUGGAGGAUCAACUCUCUAAACCUGAGGUUAUUGGGGGAGUUUUUGAGAUACCAGAUCUGGUUACAGAGGAAAAAACCCUAGGACCAGAAGUGUCUGAUGUUCUCACUACUGUAUCAAGUGCCUCAGAAUCUCUACCUGAAACGAUCACAGAAUCAGCUUCGAAGAAAGAUAAGGACUUACCAUCUGUUGUUGGGGAUACUACGGAGCCACAGCUCGAAGAGACGGAGGAAGACCAAGAAGAAAAGACUGCAUCAGAACCCACGGAGAUACUACCUUUGGCAACUUCACCUGCAGACCCUAAACUUUUUGUAGUAGUGCUAACAGAUGUAUCGGUCGUUACGCCAACACCUUUAGAAAAGGAUUAUGAUUCACCAACUGAAAAAAUACAAUCAACUGUUGCCCAGGAGUUACCAUCUGUUGUUGGAGAUGCAGAGAAGCCAAAGCUCACAGAGAUGGAGGAAGACGCUCUGACAGAAGAUGUCUUUGUAGAACAAGAAGAAAAGACUGCAUCACAACCCAUGGAGACACUCGCAACUGAUCUACCUUUGACAACUUCACCUGCAGACCUUAACAUUUUUGAAGUAGUGCUAACAGAUGUAUCGGUCGUUACGCCAACACCUUUUGAAAAGGAUUAUGAUUCACCAACUGAAAAAGUACAAUCAACUGUUGCCCAGGAGCUACCAUCUGUUGUUGGAGAAACUGAGGAACCAAAGCUCACAGAAAUGGAGGAAGACACUCCGACAGAAGAUCUCCUUGUAGAACAAGAAGAAGAGACUGCAUCACAACCUACGGAGACCCUCGCAACUGAUCUACCUUUGACAACUUCACCUGCAGACCUUGAACUUUUUGAAGUAGUGCUAACAGAUGUAUCGCUCGUUACGCCAACACCUUUAGAAAAGGAUUAUGAUCCACCAACUGAAAAAAUACAACCAACUGUUGCCCAGGAUGUUGAUUUUACGAAAACAGAAAAUGACAAAGUGCUGAAUGUGGAAACUGAGGAAGUUGUUCUAACAGAUGUAUCAGUCGUUACUCCAAUAUUUUUGGAAAAGGAUUAUGAUUCACAGACCGAAAAAGUACAACCAACUGUUGAUAUAUUUGAGUCAGAAAAUGACCAAGUGCUGGAUGUGGAAACUGAAGACCCAUUUAUUCAUUUAAAAGAGUUAGACCAAAUAGAUGUAGUAAGUACUGGGACCAUUGAUCUCUUGAGUUAUGACAAUGGAUAUUCUUUCCCAAAUGAAGGCUAUCCCUUGGAGACAACAAGAGCGCCAUCACUAAAGUAUUUCACAACUCCUUCAAUGACCACAGCUAACAAAGGCAAAGAACUAGUUGUGUUUUUCAGUUUGCGUGUCACAAACAUGCUGUUCUCUGAAGAUCUUUUCAAUAAGAGCUCUGCAGAAUACCAAUUGUUGGAAAACAAAUUUGUUGAACUGCUACUCCCAUAUCUACAGUCUAACCUAACAGGCUUUAAGAAGUUAGAGAUCCUAAACUUCAGAAACGGAAGUGUGGUGGUCAAUAGCAAGGCAAAAUUUGCCAAGUCUGUGCCGUACAACAUUACUCAGGCUGUCCAGCACGUCUUGGAGGAGUUUUGUAAUGCUGCAGCCCAGCAUUUGGACAUAAAGGUUGACAGCCAUUCCCUAGACAUAGAACCAGCCGAUCAAGGUGACCCUUGCAAGUUUCUUGCCUGCAAUGAGUUUUCCAAAUGCGUGGUGAACCUCUGGACAAAGGAAGCACAAUGUUUAUGUGACCCAGGCUACGUGACGGUGGAUGGACUGCCAUGUCAGAGCCUCUGUGUGGUCCAGCCUGACUUCUGUCUCAAUGGAGGAGAGUGUGAGAUUGUACCAGGGCACGGUGCCGCUUGCAGAUGUCCUGUAGGUAAAUUCUGGCAAUUUAUCGGGGAGAGAUGUGCAGAGCUGGUCUCCGUGACACUAGACCCCUUUCUUUCCCUAGUGUGCCUCGUGGGCGCGCUCACCUUUCUUUAUGCCAUCAUUUCUCUCUUGUUAUCUAUGUGCAGGAAAUGUGUACGGACCAGAAAGACACUAACUCUAGUAGGCAGAGACCAGACCACCAUACCAGGCCUGACGAGUUAAUCACAGAAGAUGUACACAUUAUAAUCACCGUCACUGAGAGGUGGGUUGUCACGUCACGCUAUCUUCCGAUGGUGCUUGUCCAGCCAUUAAAAGACGUUUGAAAAGACUUCCUGAUCCCACAACUCCCGAAGGCUGUAGAAUGAGUGGCCAAACAUCCUGAACAGAUGGAGAGCCAAGCUGAAUGGUUAUGUAACCUGUCGUUCUCAUGAGAACAUCAAGGAAUGAGCUGGUUGAAUGUUUUCACAUGGCAGAAAGCAUUAUGGGUUUCCUCACAAUGAGGAAAUUAUUCUUCUGUUUGAUCAUAAUGAAUACACAAGUUUCACACUGUUCAAAAAUUCUCAUAGUUCGGAAUAGUACAUAAUUUUGUUUUGGUGUAUAAUAAUUAGAAAUUGUUUCACAUGCAUAGCAAAUACAUUUUUUUUUUUUUUUUUGUCUUUUAGCAUGGUUGUCUUGUGAAAAGAAGAUCUUUGUUGGAAAUAUUUUUUGAAUGCUAUAGAGCAACAAAUGUUAAAAAGAAGAAAACUAAAGUUAUAAACAAAACAUUUCUACAAAAUAUGAACCAAUUUUGUAAGAUUUACCCAAAGCACUAUAACUGUGCAAAAUGUCUUUAAGUAUAGUUUAAUAUUAAAUCUAGAGCUAUGUUAGCGAUGUCCCUGGGCAGCCCUGAAUAAUGGUAAAUAGCAUCACUUAUUUGCAUUUAUUCUAAAUCCUUAGUUAACAACAUUCAUCAACAUAUUUCACAGUGACAUUUAAUAGUUGUUUGUACUAUAUUAAAUAUAUAUAUUUUUAUCAUUGUUAUUGUAUUGUGAAAUGUUAUAGAAGGUAAUCCCUGAAACGAGGCUCUCAUAACUCUAUAUGUAUUUUUGUAAAUACAGUUGGUGCAUUUAUGUACAUUAACUGUGCUGGUUUAUAUCUAUAUAAAAUCUCAACUUUGCUUGUUGGAAGAAAACAGAGAACUUUAUUUUGUUGGAGAUCUCAUGCCUACAUCAGUACCUUGUUUCGUUUCAUACAAAUCUUGAUUUUGUAUAUAGAAAUAAAUCUCAUUUGCAUAUUGCUCUUAUACAUAUUUGGUCUGAUAUCACAAUUACAAUCCAUGCCUUGUGUAUCAUAUUGCAUAAUUUGCAAAACACACAUCAUCGUAGAUUUACACAACAUUAGGGACAAUAACAAUAUCACAAGGACUAAAUCGUAUUAUUAAAAUCAUUAUUUUUUAUUAAAUGUUUUUCAUUCAAAGUCAUAAUUUAGUUGUCAUUACUUACCAGAGUUAUUGUAUUUACUGUAUUGUAGCUUUUGUAAAUACUUUAUGCAAGCAGUUAAACUCACAGUGAAUAACAAAACUCAGAAUAGUGUAAAGUGCUGAACAAUAUCAGUAUUUACAUCUGCAAGUCAAAAAGGAUCUUUAUUUCAACGUGAGAUUGAUUCAAACGUUAGGAAGAGACUGAUGAAUUUCUCUCAAGGAACAUUGCCAGUGAAGUAUUUAUGCAUUACUCAUGUUCAUCAUAUAUCAUAGCAAAAAUAUUACAUUAAGUAAAUUAUAUUAAGAGGCAGUUUAGAGGCAAUUACACUGUCAAGAACAGCAAUUAAAGAUCAAUGAGAUGAUUUGACGUACCAGAUAUUCAAAUAAAUUC